AUGAUUGGCCUUGUUGGCAAACCAUCGGCUGGAAAAAGUACUUUUUUUAAUGCUGCCACAGCCUUUGCCCGGCAACGUGAUGACUCAGAAACUGUGUUGGGCGGUGCUACCAUGGCCCCGCAUCCGUUUACAACGAUUGAUCCAAACAACGGAUUUUGUCUUCUCCCGGCACCCCAAGACUCCUGCCCCGAAGAGGACUAUGAGGGCGACUUGACGUUUGGAUCGACGCAUGGACGCAACAACCACGGUAGGAGGCUAAUUCCAAUGCUACUGCGUGACGUGGCAGGAUUAGUACCCAAUGCGUACCAAGGUCGAGGCAGAGGCAAUAAAUUUCUGCAUGAUCUCACGGGUGCGGACGUUCUCGUUCAUGUACUCGAUGCCAGUGGAACAGCGGAUUCCGAAGGAAACACUGUCGGAGUUGAAGCUGACGGCACACCAGGUGCCGGGGCAUCGCAUCCUCUGCAUGAUCUGGCAUGGAUUCGCAACGAAUUGAUCGAAUGGUUGUACACAAAUAUAAUGUUCAAAUGGGACACAAUCCAAAGGAAAGGGCGAUCCAAACUGUCACUGAUGUUUAGUGGAUACGGUCAGACGGAAGCAGUUACGCGAACUGUUUUCGACGAGGUAGAAAGAUUCUUGGAAGAAGCAGAGCACCGCGAGCGAGCAUUGGAUCGACUUGAGCAAUGGGAUGCUGGAGACUUGCAUCGCCUUAUAUCUGCUUUUUUGGGUGUUCGAUUUCCGAUGGCCUUGGCAUUGAACAAGUACGACUUAACGAGCGCCAAAAGAAACGUAGAAGACAUCUUAAACGCCCUACCG